AUGGACAUGUCACGUUGUAUUGAGGACCUCGCCGAUGAGCUUCUGAGUGAAAUCUUGACUAUAUUAUUGGAACCUGUGCCGCAAGCUCUAAACGGAAAAUCAUAUACCAGCGGAAGUCACAGCAAUGGAGAAAGUCAACAUAAACUAGUUGGAUACGGAGAGACAUCCGAUCUGGAUCGGUUUCGCCUAGUCUGUAAACGGUUCAUGCGCAUCGGCACACCUCGAAAGUUCGCGCGCUUCAACCUACGAUUUUCAAAAGAUGGAUUCCGGCGACUUGGGGAACUGCUGAUCAUGCAGCGGGCCUGCUACGUAAAAACGGUGACAUAUCUCGUGCGACCCUUCUAUCAAGGCAGCGGCUGGACGCCAAUAUUUCAGAAACUCGGCGCCGAAAAUCAAUCACUCGCACAGGUGCACAGUCGACGAUUGCACGAACAAAUUAGCCUGAUUGAAACCAACCAGGAUCUCCUGCAGCUUCGCGCGGGCAUUGCCGCUUUUUCAGCACUCCAAGAAAUCAAAUUACUGCGCUUGCAAGAUGAGGCCGACGAACACCUGAUCGAUUUUAUUCGCGACCGCUCCAUCCGCAAUCCUGAGGGAUCAAAUUCAGCCACUGCUCGGUUCGAGUGGGAAUCGGCAUGUUCGCGUGCCGUAACAAAUCUUGGAAUCGCUCUUUUAGGCUCACAGUGUACUGCAAUUCGUUUCAUCGGGCCUCAGAUCAGCCCAGAGGCUACAUUACAACUCCUGCAAGCACCGUCCACCACCCUAGCCGCGAUGGGAAGCCGCCUCACUAGCCUUGACAUCAAUUUUCAUUCCAAUUACGACAUUACUGCAACAAUGUCUGACCUUUCUAGCGUCUUUCACCGCUUCUUUGUCGAGGCCAAAAAUCUUGUCGCUAUCCAUAUCGGUUUUCCACCCAAAACCCCACUGGACCUAGACCUCGAAGCCAUCUUUCAUGAUAUCCGUUGGAAAACGCUGCGCACACUUAGUUUGCAAGGAUGGCGUCUAAGUGCUGAUGAGAUCAUAUCUUUGGCCCGCCGUCAUCGCCGCCAACUCCGUGAUUUUCGCCUAUGCGCUGUCUACCUUCGUCCACUGGGGCGUUGGAAGGAUGUGCUCACCGUCCUCCGUGAAGAAAUGGAACGUCUAGACCGAGUGGAGCUGUAUGAUAUCGACUACGCUGAUCACUUUGACGCAAUGUCUAUGGCCAGUGGGAUUGAAGUCUUUGAUAUAGAUCUCGCAGUGCCGGCACCGUCCUCCCUUUCCGUUGCAGCUGCCACAUCCCUUCCAGAGCAAUCGACUUGGGCCUCGGGGCCUACGUCCGAUGACCUACUGUUUCCAUCCCUGAUGCAUGGGAGGCGAUUGCCGUCAAACCGAGUGCAGUUGGAGAAACCAAACAAUCUUUCUAAUGAUGAUAUUGAAGACAACGGAUUUGUUGUCAAACGAGAUCAAGUGCCACUCUGGGUGGCGUGGGUUCUGUCUGCACAGCAUCGGCGUUAUCACGGCAACGGGAAUGGGAAUGGGAAUGGGAACGGAAACGGUCAUUGGAACGUUUAUCACAUUUAA